AUGAAUUCUGACAAGGGGAAAAAUGAUGGGGGGAAUUUUAAAGUACAAGUAGAUGAUAUAAAUAACAUUGAUAAGGAAUUUAGUGACCUACAAAAAUUGAAAAUGAUGAAUGAAGGUGCUGAGAUGCAGAUGAAUCAGUCCGGUGCUCUCGAUUCACAUGAAAUGGAGCAAGAAGAAAUAAACAACAGAUCUAUAUUUGUUGGAAAUGUUGAUUAUUCUACACAGCCAGAAGAAUUGCAGUCAUUAUUUUCAGAAUGCGGAUUAAUAAAUAGAGUAACCAUAUUAGUUAAUAAAAAUACAGGCCAUUCCAAGGGAUAUGCGUACAUCGAAUUUGCCGAUGCUUCAUCCGUCCGAACAGCUUUAUCCCUUUCCGAAUCGUUCUUUAAAAAAAGACAAAUAAAAGUUUGUAGUAAGAGAAGAAACAUACCCGGAUUUAAUAGGCCCAGAAUUAGUGCUUUUAGAGGAAGAUCAAUGAAAACAAUAUUAAACGGAAGGGGAAGGCAACCUAGCUUUAGACCAUUUUAUAGAGGAAGAGGAGCUUAUAAAAAGAUUGUUACCAACCCAUAUGAAAGAGCAUAA